AUGGCUGAUAACGUCUUAAUUCGGACGCGUAAAUUCAUGUCAAAUCGGUUGCUUUCUAGGAAGCAAAUGAUCCUGGAUGUUUUCCAUCCUGGGCAGCCUGUUUUGUCCAAGAAGGAAAUUAGGGAACGUCUGGCUAAAAAGUACAAAACUACUCCUGAUGUUGUUUUUGCAUUCGGUUUCCGAACUAAAUUUGGUGGUGGAAAGUCAUCCGGGUUCGUUAACGUCUAUGAUUCUUUGGAUUUUGCCAAACGCUAUGAGCCCAAGUAUCGCCUGAUCAGAAAUGGUCUUGCCGAAGCAAAGAAGGGUGCCCGUAAACAGCGCAAAGAAAAGAAGAAUAAGCUAAAGAAGAUCAGAGGUGUUGCUAAAGUUACUGGCAUCGAUAAGAGGAAGAAGAAGAAGAAGAACUAA